CGCUUCUGAACACACACACACACACACACACAAAGAGCGCUUAAUGUUUCAUUACGCACAACCUCAUCAGAGUUAGCGAUAACACAACACAAGAACUUUUUCUCUUUUCGACUCUUUUCUUUUCCUUCGUUUGUCUCUAAAGACGCGACACAAUUCAAAAAACCGGCGACACGUGACUGUGAAAUAUGAUUCGUGUUGUUCUCUCACGCGCUGUCAGUUGAGAAAGUUCAUCUCCAGACUUCCUGAAGACUUUCACGGCAUGACACCACUUGGACAUUCAUAUCUUUGCCUGAAGCUGAACUGAAGGAAAUGAAUGGGAAAGGUUGCAAUCUCCUGGUCUCUCCAACCAGCAUGCCCAAGCCUCUGGGUGCCAUAACUGGGCAGCAGGUACCUCCCAUCCGAGUGCAUGCUGGCAGUUCCCGUGCUUCCUCUCAGCAGAGAACCCCAUGUCCUGGAAGUGAAAUGGGCACCGGCACUGGGAGUACGAUGUUUCUACCCACUCUGAGCCUGCGCAGACAAGUGUUGACCAAUGGGAAGCAUCAUGGCACCUUCAGCGUCCCACAAGCUUCGUUGCAACAAGUGUCUUCACUUCCUGUCUCACCUGGCAAUUCCAAUACAGCAAGAUUAAAUGGCUUACAGAGUGGUAUCAAAGGUUCUCAUUCACUGGGGACCAGCAGAAAGCUGUUGGGCGAGUAUGGCAGAUCAAACCUGCAAGUGACAAGCAGUGCAAUGGUUGUACAGAAUGUGAAUCCAGUGUCCACUGUCCAAACCUCUGCUUCGCACUGCCCUCCUCACUCUCUGGGCCUUUUUGUGCCCUUCACAGAUGCCAGGUCUGUGUUGUCCAGAGAGUCCCUGGCUUCCACCACCCUCAGCAUUGCAGAGAGCCAAUCAAUACGCAGCAGCAAGUUGGACUGGCCCUAUGGCUAUCGUGUGCUGCCACCACUAGGGCAGCAGAGCAGCUUUAGCCAGACAGCUGAAGGUCCAGAACUUCUGAGCCUUCCACCAGGUACUGCCAUGUCUGGAAACACCACUAGCUCCAAUGCAACGUCACUUCCUGCUUACCUGUUUAAGGAAGACAUCAACAGCCCCCACCAAUGCAGCCGCUCCAAAAAAAGAGCCCUCUCCAUCUCGCCUCUGUCUGAUGGCCUUGGCAUCGACUUCAACUCCAUUAUUCGGACAUCACCAACCUCUUUGGUGGCAUACAUAAUUGGUUCCCAAAGUUCUCCAGCCUCGCAGCCUACUCCCUCACCACUGCAGUCUGACGUAUGUGGACAUCUCUUAGGAGUACGGGGAAGCUGUAUCCCCAAUCCCAGUUUUGGUUGCCCUGCUCCCAAAGCCAGUUCCAUUUUCAAUCAGACCUUAACAAGCAGCCACCAUUCUGAAAGAGUGAGCCUCUGCAUGCAGAGGUUAGAAGAACAGGGUGCACAUGACAGCCAGAUAGGAGGAACUAAUUUAGUAGUGGAACAUCAGCUUUUUCCAGGAAAGGAAUUCCUUAUAAGCAACAUUGCAGCAGGAGAUAAUGUUCCUCAUAACAGUCUGGAAAGCACUACACACCUUCAGUUUGAAAUUUCAGCCAUUGUUCGGUCCCCAAGCCCACCUAGGGGACCUCCACCACCUUAUCACUCCCACCAUGUACACCGACUUCCAGGUGGCCACAUAGAGAGCACUCAGAAUCCCUCAGACUCACAAUCUACUCCUCCAACAGACAGACCUGGUGUUCUUCCCCUGGCUCUUUGCCCAAUGUUAGAGGAGGAAGAGGGGGAGCUUGAUGAAUUUAAUGGGGGACACUGUUGCCUUUGGCUGGAUUGUAAUGCCACAUACAGUCAACAAGAGGAGCUGGUCAAGCACAUUGAGAAGCUACAUAUUGAUCAGCGCAAAGGAGAGGACUUCAUCUGCUUCUGGGCAGGGUGUCCACGCAGACACAAGCCUUUCAAUGCUCGUUACAAACUCUUAAUCCACAUGCGGGUACAUUCGGGGGAGAAACCUAACAGAUGUACGUUUGAAGGCUGUCAGAAGGCGUUCUCCCGCCUAGAGAACCUCAAAAUCCACUUACGAAGCCACACAGGAGAGAAACCGUACAUGUGUCAGCACCCCGGCUGUCAGAAAGCCUUCAGCAACUCCAGCGACCGUGCCAAGCACCAGCGCACACAUGUCGACACGAAACCAUACGCGUGUCAGGUUCAAGGCUGCCAAAAACGCUACACCGAUCCCAGCUCUUUGCGAAAGCACGUCAAAUCGCACUCCACCAAGGAGCAGCAGGCCAGGAAGAAGCUGAGAUCCAGCACUGAGAUCUACCAGGAUGGGCUUUCUGAGUGUUUAACUAUCCAGCCUCUGCAGCACAGCCUGUCACCUCUGGAGCUGAUGGAAAGCCGUUCUUCUUGUCUUCCUGCUGACAUGUACACAGGUGUAUUCUCCUUCGACCAGUCCCGCCAAGUCACUCCUGGUCAGAUUCAGCAUUCCUCCUGUGGCUCUCAUGUCCCAAUAUCUGCACUACCUCCACCUAACAGCAGGUUUGAUGCUCCUGUUACACAGCAUCCGACCUGUCAGGCCACACCUUCAGUUCCUCAUUCGCACCACCACAUGGUGGCAGCACAAAAAACCAGCAGACUUCCAGGAUACCUGGAGCACACGGCAGCGUCCCUCCCUCCAGCUCAGGAGAGUUUCCCGAGUCAUACCCAGACGGUGUGCUCGCCCUCGCAGACAGGAAAGCAGAUCUCUGCCUGUUCCAUGAUGCAGAUCCCCAUGUUCGAGGACAGUCUGGGUUCCUCAGGCACAGAUCAAGAGGAACCUGAGCUGAACCACCAAGCUCUCACGGGCAUCACAGAGUUUGAUCCACAUGGCAGAAAUGAGGAUUCUUUAGGCGAUCAGGAGCAUUCGGUGUCAGAUGAUAACUACCUUCACAUACACGCACAUCACAUGGAGCGAUGCCCAAGCCAGCUCUCAUGAGUCCACACAGAGGGCCGGCUUUGAUCAUGCAUAUAUCUAUACUGAUUUCUUACUGAACUUGUAGUCUUUUAGUCAUGGGAUCAAAAAUAAACAAAAAAAUUUGUACUUGAAUUUAUCAGAAUUGUCAUAACCAAAUGAAGUGAGCUACCGUUCUAAAUGUUGUUUCUUAUUCCUGUUUUUAUAUAUUGCAACUUUUGGAAUUGUUAUUAUUUUUUAUCUAAAAAUCUCAGUCCUAUGAAAUCUUAUUUGUGAAUUGUGACAGAGGAAGCCUAACGCAAUACGCACGCUAUGUGAGAACGCUGGAUAGCUGAAGCUAGCUAUCCAGUGAGAUUAGCAGCAUAGCUGGAUAGCGUGUAAGUAUUUUAUACUGACAAUGUAAAGACUUGUGACCAUGAAAACUAGACAAAACAUUCCGGAGUAUCAACAUUUUUCUCAGCUUAGUAGGUUAAUUAAUGAGAAAUGGCUUCUCAGUGACUACAAUUACACUCAUUACACUUAGCAUCAACUGCUAACUGAACUGCCAUGCGUUUCUUUCAGAAAAUGGAAAUGUUUAAUCAUAAAUACCGCAGGAGCAGACUGUUUGAACACAUGGUAAAUGUGACCUGAUUUAAACAUAAGUUUAUUCCAGUUAUCUUUGAAAUAUAGUGUGAAAAUGUAUAUAAACAACAGUGCCUCAGAGAUGAUCACAUUAUGCAUUAAUGAAGCACAUAAUGAAGUUUCGAAUAAAUAGAAGUAUCACCAUUCUGUUUCUUUAACACAGCAAUCAUGACAGUACCAGGACUGAACUUUUUUCUGUCUCAAACACUAGAAAAGGAGUUUAAAGGCAGGCGGUUCAGCUAAAUUGCACUGAGAACACCUUACAUGCAAAUGUUGACAGUGACAAAAUGAAAUUGCAUUUACAAGCUCUAAUUACAAUGUUUUGCAUAACUACUAGCAUUGGAGUCAAAACCUCCAUUGUCUUGGCUCGUGGUGUGGUAUAUCAGUUGCAACUUGAAAACAAAAAGCAUUUAAAGAUGUGAUCAUCAAGAUCACAGAGGACAUGACUGUGCCUCAUAAGGUAUUUUUUUUGAUGAAGGUACUUUUCACAUCAUGCACGUGCACACAUUAUGAGCCAAAUAGUUCGCUUGUUAUUCUGUUAUUCUGUGCUAGUGACCAGAUGAGUAUUUCAAAUCACCAAAUGUUUGUGAGGUUAGAACUAAUUAGACAAUGAAUAUGGGAUAUUGGGGAAAUCGAUUCCUUAAGUACUUCUGUACAAUAAUUUCACAGGAAGUAGAUACUUCACACAAAGUACAAGGGCAGUUUGCAACAAAUUGAGUCAAUAGUUGCUGGGUUAUAUUGCAGUUUUAUAUGAUGAUGAUGAUGAUGAUGAUGAUGAUGAUUAUAGGUCUUUAGAGUUCUUCACAUGACUGUUCCCUAGUGCUAUCUUUAUCCAUGCAGUAUCCAUUGCCUUCGACAAUAACUUUGAUAUUGCCUCAGCAAACCUAUGUUAAAAAAAAAAACUGAUUGUGAUUUUAAUAACAAGACAGUCUACUCUCUCUACGAUCUCACAUGCUUAUCUUAUUUUUGUAUAACGUUUGAAGCUCAUGCAAUUACAUGCUAUUACCAUAUAUACAAAACAUCAUAUAGGCUUUUAUUCAACCUGUUCCAGUGUCACAAAUUAAAAUCAAUUCAAGACUGCAAAUCAUAGAUCUAUUGAGAACUGAUGUCAUGUGAGUGUGUGCGUGCAUGUGUGUGUGUAUUUACUGCGAUGUAUGUUUUGUUUUGUUUUUUCUCAAUAGGUUGUGGAUAACACUGACUCUCAUCAUCUUUAUAAAACUGAACUAUGGCACUACCAUGAUGUUCAUUACAUAUUCACUAUCCUACUUUUCCAAGCUUCUGUUGCCAAAUUAUGCAAAACACCAGCCACAAUGGCAGCAGACUCGUUUACAUUAUGUGUUGUUUCAGUCACAGUGUCUCGUGCAUUCCAGAAAACAUAGGUCAGUACUCAGUAUCUUAUUAGUACAGCCCUAACCAUGAUAAUAUAACUGUUUUCACAUAGUGCACAUGAAAGUUUAUUAAAUGUGUUUGAAAUAAAGCUGAUAUGUAUUUAAUGCACAUUUAACCA